UCAGGACAGCCGAAGUCUUUCAACUCAUUUUUGCCACCUUCCCUUUAUGAAUCCAAAAUACCAUUUUGAUGCAUGAUUAAUCAGCUACUAUUACCUAAGUUGCUCGCCGAAUUACUCAUAGUUAUUCCCGAAAAGCGUUCCGACUCGGACCUUCCGAGUGAGGGGAGGGGCCGCCUUGGAAGAAAUGACCCACCACUGAGUCUGCAUCUGGGCAAUGGCCGUGUCUGGGAGAAUUUUUCACUUCAUGAUGGGUUCUGAAUAACUGUGGGAAAGAAAGGCAUGUUAUGUCAAGUAUUGUGUCGAGCUCAGGAUGGACGAACGGAAGACAUCUUUGAGUCGUGUUGGCGGCAACGGAUCUGUUGAUCAAGUUCCCCAAACUGAAUCGACAACUCUAGAGAAAUCAAUUAUCGGUCCGCCCCCGUUUGUUCCCGCCCCAGAUGCCCUGUCAAGCUCCGAGGCAGUCUCAAUCGCUGCAUCAGCUGCUGCAUCCUCUCACGGGCCCCAGGAAACGUAUCCUGAAGGCGGUCGAAGGGCGUGGCUCGUUGUCCUGGGCAGCUGGCUUGCCCUGUUCUCCUCUCUGGGCCUGAUGAAUAUCCUGGCAACGUUCCAGGCUUAUAUCACAACCCAUCAACUAGCCGGCCAUGACGAUGGCACCACCGGGUGGAUAUUCUCUGUAUAUACGUUCCUCUGUUUCUUCCUGGGCAUCUAUAUCGGGCCCAUAUUCGACAAGUACGGCCCACGAUGGUUGAUAUUCGCCGGCACUGUGAGCCUGGCCAUAAGUCUCAUGCUUCUUAGCAUCUGUUCCCAAUACUGGCAGUUCCUCCUCGUAUUUGGCAUCCUCUGUGGGUUUGCCACCUCUCUCCUAUUUACGCCGUCCAUUGCAGCGGUCGGUCACUUCUUCUUUGAGCGUCGUGGCCUCGCCACCGGCAUUGCAUCCACUGCCGGGUCGCUGGGCGGUGUCGUGUUCCCCCUGAUGCUGCCGAGCCUCUUCGAGAGCGUCGGCUGGGGCUGGGCGAUCCGCAUCCUGGGCUUCCUGUGUCUGACUCUCACGAUCGCCGCCAACUUCCUGAUCCGGUCCCGGCUGCCCCCGGCCGCGAACGCGAGCCCGCACCCAAACUUCCGCAUCUUCAAGGACAGGACCUUCCUGCUGACGACCGUCGCCGUCUUCUUCCUCGAGUUCGCGCUCUUCAUCCCGCUGACGUUCAUCUCGAGCUACGCCAUCAGCAAGGGCUUCGGCGAGGAGUUCUCCCUGCGGCUGCCGACCAUCCUGAACGCGGGCUCCUUCGUAGGGCGGAUCCUGCCGGGCUGGUACGCCGACAAGAUCGGGCCGUUCAACGCCAACAUCAUCUCGAUCGUCAUAUCUAUCAUCGCCUGCUUCGGCAUCUGGCUGCCCGCGGGGCAUACCACGGCCGGCGUAGUCAUCUUCUCGCUGCUGUUCGGCUUCACCAGCGGCAGCAACAUUAGCCUGAUCCCCGUCUCGAUUGGCCGGCUGUGCAAGACGCAGGACUACGGCAGGUAUUAUGCGACCUGCUACACGAUCGUCUCCAUUGCCUGCCUUAUUGGGAUCCCUAUCGGAGGGAAGAUUUUGAACGCGAACGACGGCGAGUACUGGGGGUUGAUCGUCACCACCGGAGUCAUCUACUGCGUGUCACUGGUUGCGUUCAUAGCUGCCAAGGUGGCUGCAGUCGGGUGGCGACCAUGGGCGAAGUUCUGAUGGCCAGACGCACAUGUAUGUGAACGAUUGCAAAACGGAUACAUGUAUAUAAUUCUGUAGAUACCCUCAAAUAAACCGAGGAGCCUGUUGAGCGUCGACCUUCGGGACUGUGAGUCUCGAGGCGCCUGGUUUUGGAU